CUUUUUUUUUUUUCUUUUCAGGACUUGAGUUUCUUUAGGAACUACACUAAAGCUCCAACAGUGGUGUUAACAGCAAAACAUUCCGCCAGUGGUGGAAAUACAGCCGCAGAGUGUAACGGAAUCGUCACCUGGAUUGAGUUUAUCACCAAAUCCGGAUUUCGAAUUUGUGUUAAAGAACUGUUUGUUAAACGCUUUGAUCCACUAACUGUGUCAUAUGCAGUAUUGUCAGAUGUUUGUCAGGAUGACUGGACCUAUUUCAAAGGAUAUUGCUACAGAAAAGUAUCUUCCUGUGAUUCGUGGAGUGGCGGCCAAGGGACCUGCGCUACACUGGGAGCUAAUCUUCCAAGUAUCCACAGUCAGGAAGAAAAUGUGUAUGUCCAGAGUCUACACGGUGGAGAAAAGUCGUGGUUAGGCCUGUCCGAUAUCAACACUGAAGGAACAUUUGUGUGGAGCGAUGGAACGACUUUUGACUUUCAUUACUGGGCGAAACACCAACCAAACAACUUUCACAAUGAGGACUGUGUUCACACUCUUGGUUUUCUCCUGGGUCAUAAGUACGAAUGGAACGACGUCAAUUGCUCAGACUGCCACAGAUUCACCUGCAAGAAAGAUUAUGAUGAAUGCGGCGAUUUCUCGUACAACUGUCCGGUGAACACAACAUGCGUAAACAAUGAUGGUUCUUACUCAUGUCAAUGCCCUGUUGGAUAUCGUUUGGAUGGAGAGAACUGCACCGACAUUGACGAGUGUAAUGCUUCUGUCCGAGUAUGUGACGUCAAUGCCAACUGCCAUAAUACUCUUGGAUCUCAUGUUUGUUCCUGUAACUAUGGAUUCACAGGAGAUGACAAAACUUGCACAGCUGUAAAAAAGGACUGUGCUGAGCUGUACAAAUCUGGAAAACGAAACAGCGGUGUGGAUACAAUCAACCCUGAUGGAUUAGGUGCCUUUGAUGCUUUCUGUGAUCAAACAACAGCCGGGGGAGGGUGGACAGUGUUCCAGAAAAGAAUGGAUGGCUCGGUUGACUUCUACCGCGUCUGGACUGACUAUAAACGAGGGUUCGGUAAUUUGAAUGGCGAGUUUUGGCUCGGACUUGAUAAGAUACACCGCCUGAGCAGCAGUGGAAAUAUAGAUUUGGGGUCGGAAAAAAUGCUGUUACUACAACUUCUUUCGUUUCACGUUUCUUGCAGAAUGUCAGCUUCACCAGUCCAUUUUACUCUCCACCCGUGA